AUGCCUCUUCUUGAUGUAAUGGAUGGCCUUUCAUUCUCUGCUGAUUAUUGGGUAUUAACGGUCUCCAGCGCGAAACCCUACUUGUCCUUUUGGCUCGUCACUAUUUAUGUUGAUGAGAUUGUCUUUGAACGAUAUCUCGCGUGGGCGGCCCCCGAGUCCGACUUUUGCGGUGGGAAACAGGAAUCUCAUAUCACAUUUAAUGCCGCAGGUAUUUUUGUUCUCAAAACGCUUCGUAAUAUUCCCAAGUGCGGCAAAUGGGAUGAAGGCUAUAUAUUGAUGGGCUUCCACCUGCUUGUUCCUUACUACUCCUACUUCAUUCCGAUGCCAACUCAGGAUUCGAGUUCACAAGAUCCCAAGACACUAGUUCAGAGUUCUACUCAGGAUGAUGCACAGAGCCAGAAUACACCCUCAACUCUUCACGACAUAGAAGCUUCUGUAUCAAAGGAGAAAUCCGAUUUCGUCGACUGGGACAGUCCAGAUGAUCUCAAGAAUCCACGAAACUGGACCUUUCGGCACAGAUGGGCAGCGACGGCGGUGGUGUCCUUGUUUACUUUCAUGAGCCCUCUUGCAUCGAGUAUGGUUGCUCCCGCACUUCCUCAGGUUACAAGAGAGUUGGGUCUCGAGCAGGGAAGUGUACUCGAAUCAAUGACUCUAUCUGUGUUCGUACUCGCUUACGCUGUUGGUCCGCUUUUCUUCGGACCGCUUAGCGAAAUAUACGGCCGACGACUUAUUUUACAGGGAUCCAAUAUGUUCUUCCUUGGUUUUAAUAUCGCUUGCUCGCGGGCACAAACUAGCUCCCAGCUCUUAGCCUUUCGUUUCCUUGCUGGACUUGGAGGCUCUGCUCCCUUGGCGAUCGGUGGCGGUACAAUUGCCGAUCUCUGGGCGCCAGAGGAACGAGGAAUGGCUAUGAGCUUGUACAGUCUUGCCCCUCUUACUGGCCCUGCGAUUGGACCUGUUGCAGGAGCUUGGAUAGCCGAGAGGACGAGUUGGCGCUGGGUGUUUUACUCGACAUCGAUUGCGGAUGGCGUUAUCCAACUAGUCGGCUUGUGGUAUCUUACAGAAACAUAUGCACCAACGAUUCUCGCAGCAAAAGCACGCACACUCCGAAAGUCAACUGGAGACGAGACUAUUUGUACCGCUCAUGAAUUCAAGAGGCGAAACGUCUCGACUUGGAGGUUUAUUGCCACUGCAUUGCUGAGAAGCAUCAAAUUCCUGAUGUUUGAUCCAGUAAUGACGGUGAUGGCAACAUACAUGGCUGUAAUGUAUGGAACCAUGUAUCUCCAGCUUACCACUUUUGCCUCCAUUUGGACGCAACGAUACGGCGAGAGCGUUGGUAUUGCAGGGUUAAAUUAUUUGUUUAUGGGUGCCGGUUUUACGGCGGGAGCACAACUAGGCGCCCGAGCGUUAGAUCGCAUAUAUAGACACUUAAAGGCUCAAAAUGACGGUGUUCCUACACCUGAAAUGCGGCUUCCCUUGCUUGUCGUUGGAUCACUCAUGCUACCGGCAGGAUUGUUGCUUUACGGUUGGACGGCAGAGGCAAGUCUACUCAAAGGCCCGAUCCCCAUCGUGGUUCUUACAUCAUUUCUAGUAUCGCAUCUUCUGGCUCGCACCCGAUAUUGGGGUGUUCAUAUAUUGUACUGGUGA